AAAGCAUUUUUUGGCAGAAUAGGUGUACAUAAUUCAGACGUGCUGUUUAUACUGUAGUUGCCAAGGUUAUCGAAAGGUACGCGCCUUCCUCACGACCUUCUGCGCGCGGCUAUGAAACAUUAAUUUUUCAUCACAGUACAUCUAGAGAACAUCUUACCGGGCCUCGUACGUGAAGUGUCUGGAGUUUGCCGAAUUCCACCAAGCACAAGGAUCGCGCACAAAUACAAACUGCGACUACAAAAGGGAGUGCUGCAGGCGGCUCUCAUCAUCAAGCGUUCCUUGCAGCACGCUCUCCAGGGUUGCUUCCCGCGGACACACCACGGGGUGAAGGGCCCGUACAAACCAGUCUCAGAGUCAGAAGUCCCAACAGCCGUGCUCCCAGAUGGCCGACAACAAGCCUCCGAUUACCGUGGUUUCGGUAUCGGAUAUGCACGGUCUGUACCUCCGGCACUGCAUAGACGUGCCUCAAGGCGAUGUGUUGGUGAUAGCGGGGGAUAUCGAGCUGCGGCACAAGAAGCGCGACGUUGCGCUGUUGGAGGGCUGGCUCGCCUCGCUUCCGCACCCGCACAAGGUGGUCGGCUUCGGGAACAUGGACCGUGCUGCGUUCGAGGCGGGGGAGAGUCUGUCUAUCGCAGGGGCCACAGUCGUCGUCGACAAGGUGGUGGAGGUGGGCGGGCUGAGGUUGCUGGCUUCGCCCUGGUCCCCCGAGUACGCAGGCGUGUGGCAGAUUGAGAGUGAGGCAGAGGGCAAGGCGCACUGGGCUCGGCUGUUGCCCCACGACCUGGAGCUUGACGUGUUGGUGACGCACACGCCGCCGGCCGGGUACGGCGACCUCACGCGGGGCUCCCACGUGGGUGACAAGCAGCUUCUGGCGGCAGUGCAGGCGCUGCGGCGGCCGCCGCGGCUGUGGGUGUGCGGCCACAUACACGAGGCGGUGGGGGAGUACCGCGUGCCGCACCCCGCAGCGCCGGAGGGCAUUCUUCUUGUGAACGCCGCGGCGUUCUACACAUCCAAGCACGGUUGGGAGGCGAAGGCUCAGCCGCGGGCGGUGGCGCUGCCGCAGGCGCAGGUGGUGGCGCAGGGAGAUCCCGCGCGGGCGGCGGCGGCGGCAGCAUCGGCGAAGUCGCCAGGCAGUGACAGCGACGCGGGAGGCGGCAGUGGCGGGGCGGGGGUUUGGAAGGCGCCGAGGGAUUGCAUAGUGCUUUGAGGCGUUCCUGCGCUGGUGGGCGCGGGAUUGAGGCUGGCUAGGGACCCCAACGGCAAGUUACAUGCGGAAGAAUGCGUCAGCAGGGGAAAGGCACACCUGCAGGAGCUCGCUAUAUGCGCAGUGGGAUGUCUGGAGCGUUCGUCGAGGUGGCUCGGAAGUUGACCGAUGCCGGGCGCUGCUGGGCGUGAAACGGCCUGCAUGCCCACCUUAUUACUUCGCGUUUGUUUGUCUACGCGGCACUUCAACUAUUCGGCAAGGCAUUGCCAAAUGUAAAGGGACCUGAGA